GGGUCACGUGCUGGACUUAAUGACUGUGUUCUUGGUUCUAGGUUCUUGACUUAUCCACAUAAUAGAAAAUGGCUCUAGCUGAGCUGAUGAUAUGGAGAAAAAGAUGAAGUUACUUUUCAUGGAAAUAGAAAAUUGUUAGACGCCAUGAUUUGACUGAAGAUGAUAUUACGUUUUAGAUGUGGUUAACAUUGUCUCUUCUCUGUUAGUGUAUAAUGGAUUGACUGUGUUAUACUAUCACUGGAGCAGGCAUGGGGUCAAGCACUUGGUGCUUGUACUUCAGCACAAAUAAGCAACAGCUUUCUAAUGUAUGAUGGAUUGCUGUAUUGUACUAUACACUGGAAGACUGGGAGUAUGAUUCAUAAUUGAAGUUGUGUGAAGAACUGAAUUCUAUUUUGCAGUGGCAUACUAACAAACCCAAGCUGUAUCAUCAUCAGUUACUGUGGUUUCUCUAUAGGUUAAUUUGUAGCUGCUCAUACACUACCAUCAAUUUAUCUGUUCCUAUUUGUACAUGCAACAAGUUACUUGCUGGUAUAGGAUAUGCUGUAGACACACAACCGUCCAACAUGUUAAUUAUUGACAAGUGCAUGGAAUGAGGAAUAGAAUCACUGAGUUUACAAAGCUAUAGCCAGGGUCAGUACAAGUAGUAAAUUAUUCAUCCAAUGAAUCAAUGCUUGGAAAACUCUUUCUCUUCCCGGAUUUCAUUGCUGCAAAACACAUUAGGGUGUAUUUGUUUGUCUAAAGUCAUUGUAACCUAUCUUUCCAACGAGCUAUAGUGUUCUAAAUUUAUCCUUUUGAACAAUAAUAUUUUAGAGAUUUUUAUGAUAAUAUAAAUAGAUAAUCGAGUCCUCCUCUUUAAAUAGGGGAGGGGCUAGGGCACAUUUCCAGUUUUCGAGUUUCGCCUCUUUUCAACGCUUUUCAACAUGAUUGAUUUGUGUCAAUGGAGAGCUAGAAUAGGGUAUUGGAACUGUUGCAAUUGUUCGCAAUCCCGGGAUUGUGUUGGUAGCAGCACAAGUAGAGCUGGACUUAGUAAUGCUACUUCAUCUACGCAAGGAAAACCUCCUAAACUAAUUUUGUCUAUUUUUUGUCUUGCUAUCCUCCUCUUCAUAUCAGGAGAUGUGGAGCUUAAUCCUGGACCCACUCUUACAGAUAAACCAACAAAAGAUGAGCUGGUUGAGUUAUUGAGUAGCUCAAAGUUUGCUACUGGUACUUGGGAACAGUUUGCCUGCUACCUUCUUAACGUGUCACAUGAUGUCAUUACUGGAAUCAGAGAAAAAGAAAAAGUAGAGGGCACCGUGUGGAGUGCUGUAGCUCAAUGUUGUCUUGGUAAUCCUGAUAUAACUUGGAGAAAGGUCAUUGAUGCUUUGCUGGAUGCUGAUGAAGCGACUGUCGCUCGUAAUAUCUUAGAUGAUCAUUCAGAUAAGAGUUCUAGUAAAAAUGUCUAUGGAAAAGUAAAGCAGGUACUAAGAAGUCAUUACUCAAAAUUAAUGGAAAGCACUAAAAAUUGCCUUUUAGAAGUAGCCAGUCAGUUGUACAGUAAAAAUUUGAUUACUAAACAAGUUAUACACUCACCAACUUUUGGAAAAAUUGAGAUAGAUUUUUCGGCAAUGGUUUCUGUAUACCAAGGGGAUGCAAAAAAGAUGAUGGAGGUGUGUUCCCUUUUUAUAGAGUGUCUAUCAACUGCAGGAGGUCCAGCUCAAGAAGAGGCAAUGGCACUAGCUAGAGACUGGGAGAAUGAAGUGUUCAAAGAUCAAGUAUCGCUCUCUCUUACUAAGGUAGUCACAAAAUUUUUUCCAAAAGAAGUACAACUUAGCUCUAAUGAUAAUUUAGCAAUUGAACUUCGAAACUUACACAAGAAAUAUGCAAAGUUAAUUACUGAUAUUAUUACAUAUUAUGCAUCCAGUGGAAAACAUGAUGCAAUCGUUAUUGCUCGGUGGGUUCAAUCUGCUUUUGAUGAAACUGGUUUAGCACGUGAACAUGUAACUGUUGAUGAAAUAUUUGAGCGAAUGCAGCCUCAUCACAGUUUUAUUGACAUUGAUGCAAUAAAUGAUCUCAUAGAAGAUUAUCCGAUUGAUGAUACUGCUUUACAGGCUAGGUUUGAUAAAUAUAGCGAUGACGUUAAUAAAUUUAUUGAUUCUGUAAAACUUAAUGACAUGGUUACAACUAUUAAAGCAGCAAUCAUUGGAGAAAGUACCAAAGUUGAUCCUAAAAUCAUUCUUAAACUGUCUGGAAAAUGGAAUGAUAAAACCAUUGGACACCUUCACAAGCUAAUGAAAUAUUUAUUUGAUGAGGAAGCAAAAUAUGUUACCAUAAAGAAGUUUUUACAAGGAUCGAUUUGUAUUCGAUUUUUAGUUUCUUCAAACAGAUUAGUUCAAUCUCUCAAUGCAAAAUUGAAAGCUAAAUUUCAUUUCUUGCAUCUUCUUGGUAUAUUUCAACUGAUCAUUGGCAAUCAAACUAUCAUUGACAAAGAGGAAGAUAUUAACUUUACUUUUGAAGAAUCACUUCUACAGUCCAUUGCAAGUAUCGAAAGUCAUCCAGAAUAUUACAGAUUAUUGUUACUUUUGAUAGAACUAAAAAUAAAUCUGAAUUAUCAGAGCUUUAGUGGCGAAACUGCACUAAUGUCAGCAAGUGUAGGAGGACACAUUGAAAUUUUUAAAUUGCUACUACAAAAUGGUGCCAAUCCAUUUGUGAAAUUGCAAAUUGAAGGGUUUAUUGGAUUGAAUAGUUUAGCAUGUACUGCUCUCUGUCAGCAUAUAUACAAAUCAAUUGGAGGAGAAAAAAUAAUACCACAAGAUGACACUUCAGUUGAGGACAUGCUGGAAAUGGCCAUUAAAGAAAGAGGAGUGAGUAGUCAUUUUUAUGAUUCAUUUACACACUUCGUUGAUAAUUAUGUUAAAAAAAGAUUUCGGUCCCUGCAAUUUUUUUUCCAUGCAUUAAGUACUAAUUUUAUUGAUGCUGCAAUGAAUAAUUUGACCAGCAGAGCCAUGGUAUUAGAAGCAAAGCAAAAGUUUCAACCAUAUAUAAGAAGAGAUGCUGUAUGUGAAAAUGCUCAUCAACUUGUGCAGUUACUGCAACCUCAUUGCUCAAGUUUCCACAUAAACCUUCUUACUGUAGCAUGCACUCUCCUACCUGUUCCUAUCAAGGAACAGGUAGAAGAUUAUAGUGCUAAAUUGAAGAUAUUUAAAGAUACCACUAGCCUCUUGGAGCUUGCAAUGAUGACUAAAGAAUUGCAUUAUCCUUAUGGUAUGCACUAUUCAACAUUAAUUUUAAGACUCAACAAGUCAUGGGGCUCCAGGACAAUCACAGAUUUAAACCAAAUGGAAAAUUUUUGCUUUUUUACUAGUUCAUCCUUUAUAACUCUUCUGAAGAUUAAUUGUGAUUUCUCUAGCCUAAUGUGUACAUAUACAAUACCUCAAUUACAAAUAGAAACAUUAACUGAAGCAGUUAAUGAAUCGAGAGCUUUUUUAUGUGAAAUUGGUGUGUUUGAGGUUAUUCUUAAUGAUAUUGCUCUCAUGAGGGACGAUAAAAAUAAGUCAUUUACAUUUGAAGCUGCACUGCAAGAAGCACAUCAAAGUAGCAACGAAAAUGUACUGCAUUUCUUACUUGGACUUAACAAUAGUUUGCUUUUUGAAAAUAUUAGCUAUUGCCUCAUGAUUGCUAGUAGAAUGGGAGAUUUCUUGAAUGUUCAAUACUUACUGAGUAAAGAGCCAAAUAUUAAUAUUCAAAAUAACAAUGGAUGGACUGCUUUGAUGGUUGCUAGUGACAAUGGGCAUCACCAGAUUGUUCAACUAUUACUGAAUAAAGAUCCAAAUAUUAACAUUCAAAACAAUCAAGGAAUGACUGCUUUGAUGGUUGCUAGUGGCAAGGGUCAUUAUCAGGUUGUUGAAUCCUUACUGAGUAAAGAUCCAGAUAUUGACAUUCAAAAUUGUGUUGGAUUGACUGCUUUGAUGUUUGUUAGCAUUUAUGGACAUAACCAGAUUGCCAAACUAUUACUUAGUAAAGAUCCAAGGGGUAUUAACAUUCAAAGUACUGAUGGAUCAACUGCUUUGAUGUUUGGUAGUAUUGCUGGACAUCUCGAGAUUGUUAAAUGUUUACUGAGUAGAAACCCAGAUAUUAACAUCAAAAAUAAUAAUAAAUGGACCGCUUUGAUGCAUGCUAGUAACAAUGGAAAUUACCAGGUUGUUGAACUAUUACUGAAUAAAGAUCCAGAUAUUAAUGCUCAAUGCGAUAAAGGAAUGACUGCUUUAAUGUUUGCCAGUGGCCAUGGCCAUCAUCAGAUUGUUAAACUCUUACUAAAUAAAAAUUCAGAUAUUGGCAUUCAAAAUAUUGUUGGAUUGACUUCUUUGAUGUUUGCUAGUGCCAGUGGGCAUCACGAUGUCGUUAAAUUGAUACUGAGUAAAGAUCCAGAUAUUGACAUUCAAAAUGAUGAUGGAUGGACUGUUUUGAUGUAUGCUAGUAAUCGUGGACAUCACCUGGUUGUUGAACUGUUACUGAAUGAAGAUCCAGAUAUUAACAUUCAAACUAGCGAUGGAUUGACUGCUUUAAUGUUUGCUAGUGGCAAGGGUCAUCUUCAGGUUGUUAAAUUCUUACUCAGUAAAGAUCCAGAUAUUAACAUUCAAAGUAAUGCUGGGUUGACUGCUUUGAUGUUUGCUAGUGCCAGUGGAUAUCACCAGGUUGUUGAACUGUUACUAAAUAAAGAAACAGAUAUUAAUAUUCAAAGUAAUGAUGGAUGGACCGCUUUGAUGUAUGCUAGUCACCAUGGGUAUCACCAGGUUGUUGAACUUUUACUUGAUAAAGAUCCAGUUAUUGAUGCUCAAAAUAACUCUGGAUGGACUGCUUUGAUGAGUGCUAGCAACAAUGGACAUCAACAGGUUGUUGAACUCUUACUGAGUAAAAAUCCGGAUAUUAACCUUCAUAAUAAUAUUAGGUGGACUGCUUUGAUGCUAAGCAGUAUCGGUGGAUGUCACGAGGUUGUUGAGCUUUUAUUGGGAAAAGAUGCAGAUAUUAACAUUCAAAAUAAUGAAGGGCACAGUGCCUUUACCUUUAUUCUAGCUUGCUCUACUUUUAGUUUUGAGGUUCUUGGUAUUCCUCUUAAAUUAUCUACCCGGUGUAUGAACCAGUUACGAUCUGGGAAUUACUGUAGAAUAUUAAAACUUAUGCUUAACUCUCAUCCUAAUCACAUUCAUACUAUGAAUGACAGAUAUUAUCAUUCAUUAGCAGUGGCAGCAUUAUUUAAUAACUUUGAUGCAAUUGUGAUCUUAAUGGAGAAAUGUGAAAUCACACCUGAAAACAUUGUUAGUGCUUUUAAUCUUGCAUGUUACGUAUGUCAUUCUUCAAUGAUGAUUCACCUGUCUGAAAAAAUAAGUCUUUCAACUAAUGAGAGAAAGUUAUUAGUAGCAGCUGCUGAAGGGGAUUUACAAAUGUUAAAUAGUAUAAUUCAUGGCCUGGGUAUGAGUCCAGAUACUCCACUGGUAGCUGGUAUAACUCCAUUAAUGAUAGCAGCUUCAAGUGGGCACAUAAAAAUAGUUGAUGCAUUACUAAAAGCUGGCGCUGAUAUUGGCAAAGCAAACAACGAAGGAGUUAAUGCACUGAAUAUAGUGAAUGAUAUCAAACUUUUUGAUCGAGCUGAUAUUAAGCACCUACUAAUUACUAACACACCAACUGGUCCGGAUUCAAUGUUAAACAGUACCAGUACAGUUACCAUAUCAGUGUCUAGUAUUCUUGGUUCAUUUUUCAAGAAAUCUUGUGAUCCUUACUAUACAAAGCAAAAAGAAAUGAAGACAUUAUCGGAAGUAUCUGAUGCUGCAGGUACAAAUUUGGCUCAGUUGGUGCCUAAAACAAUGAUUGCUUAAGUAAUUUUAGGCUUCAUAAUAUAUUGAUCUAAUUCUAAAGACUAUACUUUUUGAUUGUUAUUAAAUUAGCUGAUUUGUGGCAUAAAUUAUAUUAGGGUUUAUUAAUUUUUGUAGUAUUUUUUACUUAUGCCACUGUAUAAUAAUAAUAAUUCUCAGUGCAGCUUAUUUCGAAGAUAA